AAAUUACCUUGCGCUUACAGAGAUACCUAGGUCAGACAAAUUCAAAUAUGAUUUCGUUGGUUUACCUGAUCAGUUUCCUCUUCGCUGUCGAUGUGGCGAGUGGGAAUAAGGCAAAGUGCAACCUCACCGCCCACAUAGCAGCACACGAAGACCAUUGGGUUUAUCCCAAUUACAAGGAUUAUAAAGGCGAAGACGCUGAGCAUCCUCCGAGGCCACGUGUUUCACCCUUCGCAACAGAAACAGAAAAAGAGAUAAACAAACAGAUCAACCGGGAGCUGUUUGCUCAUUACACCUACAUGUCUAUGGCCGUGCAUUUCGACCGUGAUGAUAUUAACCUCCCUGGGUUCCACAAAUUCUUCAAGGAGUCCUCAGAGGAAGAGCUGAAGCAUGCGCACUUGGUAAGUUUUUAACCGGUUCUGAUUUCGUGUAUUUC